GUCUCAAAAGUGGCCCACUGGACAAACACGUUUGUCCGUCGCGCCCUCGCCCACAUUUAGUUGCCCGUUACAACGUAUUAAAGUGACGCAACAAGCUGACGUGGAAUAAAAGUCUUCAAAAAAAUCCUUAAAAUAUUCAACUUGAAUGAACCAUGAGCCACGCGAAAUCUCGCGAUAGUUGUGUAGCCUAGCAACAGAGAUGUUAGCCCUGGAUACCACACACUGAAGAUUGAAAAUUAACACCAAUGAGUUGACUGCGUGGGUUCCCUCCGGGUACUCCGGCUUCCUCCCACCUCCAAAGACAUGCACCUGGGGAUAGGCCCCUCCCACCUCCAAAGACAUGCACCUGGGGAUAGGUUGAUUGGCAACACUAAAUGGGCCCUAGUGUGUGAAUACUGGCAGCCAUAUGCAGUCUACCAGCAGGAACCUGAUUGGGUGUCCGGGUCCGUCUCUGUGGAGUCUGAUUGUUGAGCAUGUUCCACGGUCUGAGAUGCAAAAGAUUUACGCCACGCUGGGGCGCUCGCUGGUUGACACAUACACAGAGCUACACGAUGAGGCAGUCAUGUGGCACAAGAUAUGGCAGGACAGCCAGCAGGGAGGACCUCUUGGCGACAGGCCAAGGGGGCCUCUCGCCCAUUCCAGAAGCCCCCUGGCUGACCCGCCGGUGAUCAAGGAGCUGGUAAGGGCCGAGGUCAAGAUGUUGCUGGAGAAUCUCCAAGAGAAAUUCUUCAGGGAGGGAAGGCACGACAAGGAGUUCUUAAAUCGUUACAACGCAAAGACCGUAAACUUCGCCCUGGGUCGCCUUGACAUCAGCGUGGAGCCCAGAGACGAACUGAGAAGGCCGAGCUCAUGCUGCUCCGUUCAGUCGCAAGAAGAGAUAGAAGCCGUGAAGGACAAGCUGAAUAUCAGCGACAUCAACAAAGUGGUAGAGCAUAUCAAGAGUAUCCUGGUAGAAGAAUGUGCAGCAUUGAAACCACAAGUACAGCACAUUCAGGAAAUGAUCAAAAAACAAUGUAGGAGUCAGACUGAGGAUAAGGAGGCAGAACCCACCCUUGCAGACUUAAAAGAGCUGAGAGGUGCUAUUCAAAAAGACUUUGAGCUCUAUCCAUCACCUCCCUCUACUGUCUCGGAGAAAGCAUUGAGGGCCACAUUCAGACUUCCAUCAGGACAAAAGAGCGGCGAUAAGAAGUCGCUAGCUUUAACUGCUACCUCCCUCCUAAGACCACACCCUCCCUCCGCUCCACCUGGACUCACCCACUUGAACUUCUGUGGCAGCGUCAGGCCCAUCAACACUUUGGAGGCCAUCUCAAGGACUUCUCUGCAGCACACAAGUCAACGUGAGGUCUGCAGCAGGACGUCUCGGCAGAAGAACGUUCGCCUUAAAACUCUGGCAGGAGAGCAGGUGGCGCUGGUACCGUCACACUCUGAGGAGGAGGAGUCUGAUCUCCACUGGCGCUUUCUCACCUGCUCAAGUACUUCACCCUUCAUGCCCUCACAGUAUCUCCAGCCGGGGUAAGGAGGCUGAUUAGUGGACAGAGGACAGCAACAAUGACUGCACUCACAAGCAGGAAGACAUGAAAAGGAUCAUUGUGAACCAGUAGGAGGUACAGAAGUCUGGAACUUUGACUUUUUUACACAACUGUCUCAACAAUGUGCAAAGUGUAGACCAGGGCUCCCCAAACUACAACCCGCGGGCCACAUACGGCCCGCCAGUGUCCAAAAUCCGGCCUGCGGGUAGUCCCAUAUAAAAAAAAGAAUAUUUUAAUUGUUUUUUUGGGGUUUUUUUUUUAAUCUGUCCUUUUUCGCCCAUCCAUCAGUCCAUUUUCUACCGUUUGUUAAUGGGUCUCCGGCGUCCAAAAUCCAGCCCGCAGGGAGUCCUGAGUAAAAAAAAUUUAAAAAUAUGUAUGUAUGUAUGUAUGCAUGCAUCCAUCCCCCGAACAGGGCAAACGGUAGAACAUGGAUUGACAUCCAUCAAUCCAUGUUCUGUAGUUACUGGGUCUACUAGCCACUCCAGCAAAUCAUACUGUGUAAAAAUGCAUUUUCCCAUGGAUAACAUGACGCCAUCACACUUGCGCUGCAAAGUUGGGCGAGAACGCAGCAAGUGUGCGUUCCUUCAGUCAAUUAGCGCACGAGGGGAAAAAAUGGUGAAAUUGUUGGGGAAACAUAAAAUAGACUCAGAGUGUAGAGUUUUUAAACAUCAGUGGACAUAUGACUUUUUUCUGUUCAGUGUAAGGAAAAGGCAGUUUAGAUUU